CAGAAGCCUAUUUGUACAGUGAGAAGAGGCAGGUUUUUCUAGGAUGUGCCAGACAGAGCUACAGAAGAACCGUCCAACGUCUGCAACGUCUGCUGCCAGACAAUGUGUGCUAAAGGUGCAGUCUGGAAACAGCAUUGGGUUUUUGUAUCCAUUUCUCUGUUUCAUCACACUUACGCUCAGAUUUGUAGAGGCAGAGACUCUCUGUGGCUCAGAACUGGUGGACACGCUUCAGUUCGUUUGUGGAGAUCGUGGUUUCUAUUUUAGUAAGAGUUACAACUACAAAUACAGAGGGAAGAGAAAAUUUGUUCGGGGUGUUGUAGACCUGUGCUGUUUUCGAGGAUGUGACGUACAGCUAUUGGAAUCCUAUUGUGCCAGCCCUCAGCGGUCAAGAAGAUGGGUCCUACAGUUAGAACCUACCAGCAAAAGCACCACCCAACAGGAAGAGCAUGUUAAGAAACAAGAUGAAGCAAAGAUCCUGUUUUCUCAUUAUGUUACGCAUCUGUCCAGAAAUAAGAUUAGGAAAAAUGCCAGCUCAGAAAUACGAUAUGAACAAACAAAGUAUCUUCAACAGCCUCAACGAAAAGAAAAAAAGAAAAAAACUUUCCUAAGUCUUGUCACUAAGAAAAUAUCUCACGCUCCUUGGAGGCACUGAAACUUGUGCUAAUGCAGUGUACGUACUGUUGGAGCAUUGGUACUUUGAAUGUGAAUUGGGCACUGUGAUUAUCGCCUAUACAUUGCAAAAGAUUUGGUAUGUGGACCAAUGCCAUGUAAAUGAUUGAGAGAGGCAAGCAGUGUGCCAUUCCUUAUUUCCUUCUGAGUUCAGAAUUUUGAAACCACUGCCAUGUCAUUGUGAAUGAAAAUCCUUGAGUUACUGAAAUGUGCAUGUGUUUACACAAUCAGGUUUAGUCAACAAAAGGUAGUUUCCUCACAUAUUUUGCACAGACAUAUUAGCACUUUCAGAACAAGGCAAAUCAUGUAGAAGCCAGGAGACCAAAUCAAAAUGGUAAAUACAUGAAAGCAGCACUGAGUAGUCAAAAAAAAGUUACAUCACAAACAGCUGCCUAAGAUCACUUCUCCAGAAUGAUGAAUAACAUGAUUCCAUCAUCGCAUGACCAAGAGGGAUAUUUGGUCACUAAAAUAAUGAAAAGUAAUGAUUGUGUUACAUACUGUUUCAUAAUGCUUAAAAAAUUACUCUAACUUUGCUUCAAAAUAGUAUUUCAUUCUUACUCAGCAGUAACUUCAGUGAUGUCAUAUUAUGCUCAUGAAUGUUACUAGAUCAGCUGGUAAUAUGACUUGCACAUAGCUUCAACAAUAGAGACAGCUGCUAGUAUGAUGCGACAGCACUUAUGUUACACAAAUACUAGUGUCCAGCAGCUUCACAAAUCUCCAGAAUGAGUGUAAAGUCUACAGUCUUAAAAUACGGUGCUUAGCCAUAAAUUAGGCCAACAUUAUUCAGUGUCUUUGCCACAGGAACAUACAAAAACUAUUAAUACGGACAUAAUUCUGAAAUAAAUAUGGUACAUUCUGGUAAGCUACAGUUCUGCAAAAGCUGUUUCUACACAACAUAUCCAUAAAAAAAAUGACAUUCUUUAACAGAAACAAUGGUUAAACAAGCAGCAUUUUUUUGAGAAGCUGACCCCCCCACAAUAGUGCUAAAUAUUACAACCAACUCCAAGAUAUCUGAAUAUCAGGAAAAUGACUAUCUUGAUUGUCCUGCACUUUUGGAUUUUUUUUUUUUUU